AUGGAUGCUAAAGGUGAUCUGAAAUUGAUUCCAGAAUUCGGUGUAUUGAACGUUAUAGAAACAGUUUUACGAAAGGGUAUGUGGAUUCUAAUAUUGAAGGACACCUUAAGUAUUGAAUAUCAUUUAAAACAGUUAUGUGAAAGAUGUCCUGGUGAGGAUAUAUCCGAAAUUUGUAUGGACAUAGUCGUUUCACGUUUUCAUUGGUCGUUUCCUGGUCGUUUCUGGUCGUUUCCUGGUGGUUUCUGGUCUGUUCAUGUUUUAAAUUUUUGUGUAUUGAACGUUAUAAAAACAGUUAUAUUACAGUUGUUAGUGACAGUUUUGUUUUUGAAAAAAGUAAUGUAUAAUAAACAGUAUGAUAAACAGUUCUACGAAAGGUUGAAAUGGGACAGAGGAUGA